AUGAUAGAAAGCCAAACGGAAAGAUCAAAGAGGGUGUUAGAGAAGAAACAAACUCGAAGAAUAUUGCAAGACAAUCAAACAGAGAGGAUUGAGGAAAUAACUGAAAUAAAUCAAACAGAAACCAAAAAGACAGUGUCCGAAGUAAGUAAAACAGGGAAGUUAGAGAAAAUCAUUGAAGAACCAAAUAAAAUGCAGGAGAAUGCCCUUUUCUGUCGAUUAGUGCAGUUAAACCUGCUUUUUCCAAGGGCUAUUGGCCUGUUUUUCGUAAAGUUGGCAGAGAUAAUCAAUAGAUUGAAUUUCUCUAUUUUUGCAGUAGUAAGCAUUGCAAUUUCAUUAGCUGCAUUUGUAUUGGAUGAGGCCUAUUUUAGAUAUUUUGCACCAUCAAACAUUUCAAUAGCUGUUAACGACAGUCAAAUGAUGAAGUAUGCAUUUUCUAUAAAUAGAAAUGGAACCGGUGGAAUUUUACUUAAUGAAAGUCUUACAAAAAGACUUAUCACCUUUGGAUUAUCUUUUAUUGCACCACAAUUGAUUUUACUUUUAGUCCAUGUCUUCCAUCCCAAAAUACAGUCAGUUAUCAACACAAUGGUUGAUUCUAAUGAUAUGAAGCACUACAUUGAAAGAAUGCUGUCUGCAUUCUUGAUUGGAUGCACACUUAGCCUUAAACUCCACCCGAGCAUCACCUCUAAGCUUGAGAGCACUAGCAUGUGGGUCUUAGUGGCAUUGCUGAUAAUGUCUAUUGGAAUAGCCAUAUCACUUGCAUAUAAUUUAGCAACACCAAAGGAGUAUCCUCUUUGGAAAGUCUUUGUAAGAGCAGUAGUUUGUAUUUUGUGUAUUGAUUGUCUCUGUUUCCUACUGCCUUUUUUGUUUAAUACAUGUACUAAAAUGACGCCUUUCCUAUCAAUAUUCACAUCUGAGAGUACUAAAACUAAAGAGAAGUUUGAAAAGUUCUUCACUGAGCAUGAGUUCAAUCCCUAUAGCGUAAUUAUGUUACAUUUCACCAAUCCAAUGAAUUACAUAGGCGCAAUAAGGCCAUAUUUUAAACCAUUUAGGCUACUCAUUUUCUCCUCUGAUCUGCUAAACCAUACACCGGAAGACCUGAUUGGUGCAUUUAGGUAUCAAAUGAUGCAAUAUCACAGCCCAUACUUGAUAAGAUUGUCUAUCGUAUUACCUGUGAUGUUCCUUAUAUUCAUUCUCUUAAAUUACCAUUUUUACAGUGACAGAAAGAAUUACAACUUGAAAGCAACAUCCGAAGUUCUAUCAAAGAUAUUAGCAAUCGCCACAUGCUUGUAUUUUGCUUUGAAUUUGAUUUUACAAUUCUUAGAGCAUCAAAAUGACGUCCUUGCAGCUACUAAUAAGGAUUAUUGUGCUGGAUUAGCCAACUUUUUGUUGAAGAACACAGUUGAAAUGAUUAACAAGGGCCAUGAUUUCAGAAGUAGUGGACUGGUCUGUCAGAACUUCUCCCUGUUUAGAGACCAUUCAUCCAUUUACAACAGAGUUCUGAAAUUUUCAAAGAAGUUUCCGGAAAUGAUUGAGGUCACAAGCAACUAA